UAAAGGGGAAUGGGGAACCCGAGUGGGUCGGCGGGGCUAGGGCCGAGGGCAGGCGGCAAUGUCUGUGGAGAAAGAGGCUCCGUUCAAGGUUUCACACCCGAGCGCGAAAGUACGGAGUAAGCAGUUUAGGGGGCCGCGGGGACGCAGUAAGGCCCGGGCACGGGGCACUCGGAGCAAGGCCAAGGCCCACGUCCCCAGGCGAUCGCCACCAGAGCCACUCUGCAAGAAGGCGCCAGUGCGAGAGAAAGAGAAGGUGUGGGCGCCCUGGAAUGGGCUCGUCGUGAUUGGAAAGAGAGUGGAACUCUUGGACAGAAACCUGCAAAAGUCUAAACUGUGGGACCCCAAGUUGGAAUCUGAGAACUGGAAGCUGGAAGUUGUGGGGAAGAAGAUCUCGAAAGAGAGAUCGACACAAAGGGUGGACACAAAGCUCCCGAACAAUGUAGGAAGGACAUCACAGGCUCCAGCAAGUUUGGAGGAUGACAGCUCAGAGAUUUGGAGACAGCAGGAGGACAGACUCAAAACUGGAUCUGUAUCUAAGAGUGCAGAGAUGACAGAGUCUAAGGACAAGCAGAGGACCAGUGGAGGGGACUUGGGGUCCAGAGGGGAUCAACUGAGGCAGAGUGAGGAGUUGGAGUCAAGUGGAGAGAACUUGAUGUACAAGAGAGAGAAACGGGUGUCCUCGGGAGAGAAGCGGAGGUCUGUUGUAGAGAAAACAGACAGUAGGGAGAAACGGGGGUCCAUUAGAGAAGUGUCGGACAGUGGAGAGAAACGGGGUUCCAUCAGAAAGAAGGCCUCCGACAGUGGAGAGAAACGGGGGUCCCUCAGAGAGAAGGCCUCCGACAGUGGAGAGAAACGGGGGUCCCUCAGAGAGAAGGUGUCGGACAGUGGAGAGAAACGGGGGUCCCUCAGAGAGAAGACCUCCGACAGUGGAGAGAAACGGGGUUCCAUCAGAAAGAAGGUGUCGGACAGCGGAGAGAAACGGGGUUCCAUCAGAAAGAAGGUGUCGGACAGUGGAGAGAAACGGGGGUCCCUCAGAGAGAAGCCCUCUGACAGUGGAGAGAAACGGGGGUCCCUCAGAGAGAAGCCCUCUGACAGUGGAGAGAAACGGGGGUCCCUCAGAGAGAAGGCCUCUGACAGUGGAGAAAAACGGGGGUCCCUCAGAGAGAAGGCCUCUGACAGUGGAGAGAAACGGGGGUCCCUCAGAGAGAAGGUCUCUGACAGUGGAGAGAGGCGGGGAUCCUCCAAAGAGAAGGUGAGGUCAAGUGAUGAAAAGAGGUUGAGUAGAGAGAAAUUAAGGUCCAGUGGAGAGAAGCUAAGGACUGGUAAAAAUUUGAGAUCCACCGAAGAUAAAGUGGAGUCAAAUAUUGAGAAAGUACAAUCCAGCGAGAUGAAGCUGGAAGAGCAAUCACUAACCGGAAGUGUAAGCGUGGAAGAGCAUUCACUAACUGGAAGUACAACCGAAGAGGCUCCUGAAAGAGUGAUAAGUAUUACUGGUGAUGAAAGUAUGAUGGAAAAUAUGAGUCAGGAAAUGCAAAUUCCUUCUGAAAGUGUAGAAGGGGGAGAUGAAGGAGCAGAGAAAGGGGGGGAAAUUGACAAUGUCGUCUUGGAUGAAAUGGAAGACACUGCUGAUGAAUCUGUUCCUAUGGAAGAGAAAGACACAACUGUAGACGGUUCCCGGGAAUCAGGUGGAUAAAGAAUUGACUGUGAAGAAGGAGACUGGAGAAGUAUUGGAAGUCAAAGAGAAGCUAGAGCAAAGCAAAAUUUUGUUGAUCCAGAAAGGGUAAAUAUGAGGGAGGAUUCUGGACCUGAAAGGAGCAUGGGAAUGAGCAGAAUUAUGGGUGUGGAGGCCAAGCUGAUAUCAAUGGAAAGGAAGAGUGGGAAGGAAAAAUGGGAACAUUUUAAAGGAGAAAAAAAGAUUGGGAAUGAAUGCUAAGUAGAAGGAAACUGCUUCAGUUUUGAAGAACUGUUGGAGAAAUGAGUCUAGAGUGGGCUGGUUUGGCAGAUAUACAUGGUCAGGCAUAGGAGAUGUAGCAGGAUGUAAAAAAGCAGAUAAAGGAUGGACACAGAGGGCUGUGGAGAAGCAGCAAACAGGUGAGGUGUCUGAUGCAGACACCAAAACCCGAGGGGCUCCUGCAGUGAAACAGCGGGAGGAGGAGUGACAAUUAAAGUGAAGGAACCGAGAAGCCACUUCCUGCCACGGCGUUUAGACCUAUAUCUACCUGAGACCAUCAUUUGAAGAUUCCUCUGGUGACUCUUUGUGAGCUGAGGUAUUGUCAUCCUUUAAAAGACACUUUCUUGGGCACAAGAUCAAGACAGCAUUUGCCCUUGUAUGGGAAAUGAACUACACGUCAGGAUAUGCAGAUUCUGACCAAAUUAUCAGCUUUCUGUUCUUUGGCUGGACUUCCAGAGCAGACCUGCUCCCCAGGCUUUCUGCUGAUACCCCUUCCGCACUCGCAUCUGGGCUGUUACAUCACAGGACAUCCUUUCCUGAGUCCUCUGUCUGCAUCAAAGCAGGAUAACCAAAUACACUAGUGGACAAAGACCCACUCCCUCAGAGGAGCCACUCAGUCCACAGGCAUUUGGAAAACAGAAAACAGCAGAGAUGCUUUAUUAACCAUCAGACAGGCUCCCUCUCAAAGUUUCUGGCUCCCAGCUCCCAGCUGUGUCCUCAGCAAAGCCGAAGGAGUGACUCUGCCCUGGGAGAAGACUCUGGAAGCUUGUGUCAGAGGAAGGCUGAAGUGAUGACUGUCAAGUGCAGUUCCUAGGUCAGGCCCACAACACAGCACCUCAGUGUAUGAACUGUGGGAAAGACUGUGGCUCCAGUGGGCCACCUAACUUACAGGAGGGAACUGAGUCCUGUAACUUCUACACACAGGUCUUUCUCUUCAUUCAACCAAUGAGGGAAAAUCUCCCAAGAGCUUAUUUCCCACCCCGGGCAAUCCCGAGAGAGGGAACAACUGCCUGAGUGUCUCCUCAUCAGGACAGCAGUAGGAGGUGGCAGCGACCACAGAGGCCCCCUAUCUACUCGAUGGGACAGGCUGUGGGACCAGGUCUCUGGUCUUGUGUCCCUCAGAUCUGUUCUGGAAAAAAAAUGUCUAGAACCCUAGGAAGUCUUAAUGAUUUGAACCAGCAGUAUAUCUUUGUCCUCUGUGAAAGUCAACAUAUGAUCUGUUACUGAUUGGGAUGUGAAAUAAAACUAAAAUAACAGCACUCUA